UUCUAAACGAUUUCAAGAAAAAGUGCUGCGAAACGAACCACCUCCUUCCAGUCUUGUCCAGCCAGAAAACGUCCGAUUGCUGGAAGUGACUCGAGUCUCCUGCAUCGCAAUUUCAAGAUGGCGCAGUUGUAGAAACUAGUGAGGCUUGGGAAGUGCCGCAUAGUACGCCAUCUAUCUUGUCCAUAUCCCAUGAAACACGGUGCCCGGCAUAGUGUCGACUGCUUUAACAACAACAAGUCUCUUCUUCCAAGUCAUGAAGUUUGGAUUCAGAUGGAUAAGAAGAUGGGUGCGAUCACGCUCAAGCCCCAUUCCAGUCGAUAAAGCAGAGCUGUGGGAAAAAAGGAUUGCCUUUGCAUACUUUUUCUUUGCUUGGAAUCUUUUGGCCGUUGUUGGUUACCAAUAUCUCAAUGCUGAUAAAUUGGGAAUUAAAAUUGAUACUGAAGAGACUUUGGCUGAAAAACUGAUCAGGAAAGCCAAUAUGCAGAAUGUAACCUUUUACAGAAUGAAGAACUUGAGCUAUGAAGGGAAAAGAAAUGUUGAUGCAGGAGAAUUAGAGGAGAAACACAAACAACGACUUGAAGCAUUGGCGUUGGCAGAGAAACACAAAGAAGGAUUUGAAGAAUUAGAAAAGUCAGAACUUGAAUGAUUUGCAUUAAUACAUAGUUGUAUAUUAUUAA